AUGGUUCUAGCGAAGGGCACAAAUUUAUCGGCUUAUGAAUUGGCUGUGGAUUCGAUUGAGUGUUAUUCGAGGAUUCAGGAAUAUCAAUUUAUUAUUGUGGAGGAUCAGGAUUUUGAUUGUGAACAGAAUGAUGUGAGUUUGUCACGUCAUAGCUAUAAUUUUUGGAAAAAAAUUUUGUUAGUGAUUUUAGAGCUCAAUAAUCUACAGAAAAUGUGUAGAAAAAAAUUCACUGUUUCAAAAAUCCAUGAACAACAGUUUUCAGAAUUGUUUUUGAUGCUAAUUCGUUAAAAAAAAUAGUCUGUCCCUAGAUCUAUGUAUUCAAAUUUGCCACGUCAUAACUCAUCUUCAUUUUCCAGAAAUAUUUCCGUCGUCACUGUGUGGUUGCUCAACUUCUCCCAUUUUUCCAAACUCUAAUUUUUCUCGAUGCAGAUGUUGGAAUUGUGAAUCCAAAAAAACGCAUCGAAGAUUUCCAAACACCAGAAUUCGAUAUAAUUUUCUAUGAUCGAUUUUAUAAUUGGGAAAUUGCUCUUGGCUCAUAUAUCGUCAGAAAUACUCAAUUCGCCAUUGAUUUGCUCACCGAUUUUGCGAAUUAUGAGAAAAUGUUGCCGAAAAGUUUUCAUGGAACUGAUAAUGGAGCAUUGCAUGUGAGUUAUUUGCUAUGACGUGGCGAAUAUGAAUAAAAUUGACACGUGGAUUUUAAGGCAAAAAUUUUCGUUACUGAAUUUCACAUUAUUUUGAAUAAUUCUUCCAAUAAUCUUUUCAAAAAUUUAAAAAUAUUAAAAAAAAAUUUUGAAACAGUAAUUUAAAAAAAAAUAAAUUUCAAGGCUUUUGGGAAUUUUUUGACUCAAGGUUAAUCCUGAAAAUCUGCGAGAUAAUUUCAAAAAUCAAAAUCUACAGUAAUCUACAGUAAACGUAUUUUCUUGGCCAAAAUUUUGAAUUUCUCGUACAAAAAAGUUCUUGUCAUUGGUUCUCUGAAAAUUCAAGAAAUAUUGAGAAUAUUUUGAAACAGUAGAUUUUUUUUUACUAAAAAUUAAUUCUGAAAUUCUGAAAAUCUGCAAAAUAAUUUCAAAAAUUAAAAAUUUCCACAGUAAUCUACAGUAAUUUUUCGCGCAAAAAUUUCAAAAUUUCAAAACGAUCGGAAUAAAUUCUAUCAAAGAUCCAAAAAUAUUUGGGAAUAUUUUGAAACGUAUAAUUUCCCGAAAGAAAAAUUGGAAAAAUCUUUUUCUGAAACAGUAGAAUUUUCCAGCUCUUCCUAGCCAAACGCAUCUUCCCGAAGCACAAUCUUUCAAUCUGCGAAAAAAUGUACAAUAAAUCGCGUGGCUACUCAGAUCUCUUCACCUACGAAGCCUGCGUCCGAACAAUUUUCGGCGCAAAAACGGAUUUCGGAAAAAUCCGAAUUAUGCGAAAAGGUCGUAGUUGGAUUCGCGAUGAUUAUUUAUACGGUGGAAAAUGGAACCCCGAUCUUGAUUUUAUGUUGCACGGCUGGAAAAUGCGAACAAAAUCUCGAAUUCCAGAAAAGCCCGUGAUCUCUGCUAAAAGAUUGGUGCGAGGAAGAUGGUAUUAUCCAUUUGCGGGGAAUUUCGAGCUGGAAAAAUGCGGACCACAAAAUGCCACGUGGAAUUACGAGGCUAGAUUGAUGGCGAAUAUUUCGGAAAUUGAGAAAAGCCGGGAUGAAUAUGAAAAAUUGGUUGCUCUUCAACAAUUUGAUGCGUUGGCAAAAAUGAAAGAAUUGUAUGAGCGGAAAUAA